AAAAUAAAUGAUGAAUAUGUAAAAUAAUUACCUGAAAAUCGGUUGCCAAUUUCUUUAUAUCUACAGAAAUAAUUCGUUUGCAGUUUCGUUUCAAUAAUGGAGAGAAUAGAAUGGCGAGAAACAUUUCAACGUCAACCCGCUUAUUAUUUAUUUGUAGAUUUGAGUCUUCCGAUGUCAGUGGACAAUGUGAAUCUAAUAUGCCAAAUGUUACAAAAUUUAACAACAUUAUCGAUUUCUUUGAAAGGUUCCCUCCGAUUCUCAGUUUUAGGGAUCUUCGCUUUAAGUGGAAAAAUCAAAUGCAUAUUUCCUUUACAAUCAGUUAAGAAUAAUUACACGAAACUCCAGGUAUCAUUAGAAAGUAUGCAAAGUACGCAUACCAUUUUCACUAGUGUUAAUACAUUUGACAGGGAAGAAUUGUCAGAGAGUCUGCAGAAUGCUAUACAACAGUAUGAAAUUUAUUUUCAGGGCGCUUUGACGAACAAGGAAGAAUGGCCUCAGUUGCAGAUCGUAUUUUUUUCAGCUCAGCCAUCCCAGAAAAUUUCGGCAUUGGUCCAUGAAGCUUUACUCACAAUAGAAUUAGCAUAUGUGCGCAAAAUUGUCGUUCUGAGGUCCCAGAGUAACUAUUCAUCUCACGGUAGCAGUGAAAUUAAAUCAACAGAAGGGCAGGAGUCGCCAAAUUUAUUUGAAAACGAUGAAACGGAUAGUAUAAUCAGAAGUCUUUUGCACGUUACGGAGAUUGAAGCAAAUGCUUACCAACUGGAAAAUAUUAUCAAAUGUUGUUUGCAUGACUGUAGCACAGAUUCUGAUCACCUACGACUGAUGCUGGAUCGAGUAACUUUACGGUGUGAUCUUCGAGAAUGUGUAUUAAACGCUGAAACUCUGCCAGCUGCUAGUCAAUUCUUCUUGUUUUCUGAGACAAAUCACCUUCAGAAUACCGUUAAGCCGAGCGUUUCUUUCAAGAACCAGUGCCCUCCUAAAGUUCCCGUUUAUAUAAUGCAAGUAGUUGCCUUGAUUCGCAAAGAAGGCUUGUGCGAAUCAUUAGUAUUUGGUCAUCCAUAUAUUACCA